CUGCCCCGGUACACCGCCCCCAGCAUGUCAUACUUCACGAACCGCAUGUUCAUCAGAAGUGCUGCUUGCACUCCGACAACCAUCUAACAUCCAGCUCACCGUGUGCAACACAAAGGCCAGCUGCUCUUACUGCUGCUGUUAGGCGCACAGUCGGAUUUUCAAGCAAACUUUCCACGGCUGCGUUCUGCACAGCGGGGACAGUUGGACAUCCGCAGGUAAUUCCAGUGCAUCCUGAGGUUUGGUCGACAUGCUGGGGAUCUGCGUGUGUCUUUGUGCGCUUUUCACACACGUCCUCUCUCAGGAGGCUGAAGAACCUGUGUCCUACACAUGCACAGAAGGAUAUGAGUAUGACCGUGUUAGAGAGCAGUGCAGAGACAUAGAUGAAUGUGCCUUGUUAGAUGAUGCCUGCAAAGGAGGGAUGCAGUGCAUAAACCACUUUGGCGGCUACCUCUGCCUACCAAAGAGCGCAGUCAUCUACAUCAGUAAAGAAGGGGAGCAGGUGCCACUGCCAGAGCCAGUGCCCCCUGUUCCUCCAGCGCCACCAAGCCAGCCUCAGCCCCCUCCACGGGUUUUCCCAGGCAGUAGAGGUGGAGGAGGAGGUGGUGCAGCAGGGGGUGGUGGUGGUGGUGGUGGCGGCUCACAGCCCAUCCGGACCAUACGCUGUGCCCCUGGAUUCACUGCAGAUGAGCAGAACCUGUGCAGAGAUAUUGAUGAAUGUGCAACAGGACGACACACCUGUGGUCCAGAGCAAACAUGCUACAACACCAGAGGCUCCUACACCUGCCAGUGUCCUCAAGGCUACCAGAGGAGUGGAGAGCACUGUAUAGACAAAGAUGAAUGUUCCCUGACCCACUACUGCAUGCACAGGUGUGUGAACACUCCUGGUGCGUACUACUGUGAGUGUAACGUGGGUCACAAACUGGCCAGCAACAACCACAGCUGCAUCGAUGUGAAUGAGUGUGAUGUGCAAAGCCCCUGUCAGCAUAACUGCUACAACCUGAUUGGCUCCUUCCUGUGCCAGUGUGAGCAGGGCUACGAACUGGCACAUGACUCCGUCUCCUGUCAAGACAUCGAUGAAUGCAGCUUCUCCAGCUACAUGUGUCAGUUCCAGUGCAUUAACAGCCCAGGAAGUUACUCCUGCGAGUGUCCUGAAGGAUAUCAGCUACAGGGAAACAGGUUGUGUCAAGACAUAAACGAGUGUGAUAUGGGAACCCAUAACUGCCAAGAUGAUGAAAUGUGCUGGAACUAUUAUGGAGGUUUUCGCUGCUAUCCCAGAAAUCCCUGCGAGGCGCCUUACACCCAAACCACUGAAAAUCGCUGUAUCUGCCGGUCUCAGGCCGAGUGCCAGAACCUACCACCGUCUAUCGUCUACAAGUACAUGAGCAUCCAGGCCGACCGCUCUGUGCCAGCUGACGUAUUCCAGAUUCAGGCCACCAACAUCUACGCCAACACACACAACACCUUCAGGAUCAAAGCUGGCAAUGAAGGAGGAGAAUUUUUCCUGCGGCGGUCCAGUAACGUGAGUGCCAUGCUGGUGUUGACCAAGCCUCUGAUGGGCCCCAGAGAGUACGUGGUGGAUCUGGAGAUGAUCACUCACCAUCUGACCAUGAACUACCGCUCCAGCUCACUGCUGAGACUCACCAUCAUCGUCGGGCCCUACGCCUUCUGAACACAGCUGGUCCAAUAAGUCAGUCCAUAAACAUAACAGUGUAACGCAGCAGAUGCCUGUAACAGCAUAGCAUACUGUACAUUUUCAUACAUUAUGUCCAUACAAUGUAUAACUGAGGCUGUAUGGUGCAGACCAGCCCAAAGCUAAGCAGCCACAGCCAGGCUGGAUUCAUGUUGUGAUGUGUCCACCAGGCGUCUUUUCCUAUCAGGGUGAUAAUAGUCACUAUUUAGACUUUGCAACAUUUUUCAUCUUUAAAGUUGAAAUAUUUAGACUUUAAGUGCCUGAAACAGACACAAAAACUUUAGGUACACGCAAAAAUGUACUAGAAGCAGCAUUUUUACUAAAAAUGAAUGGGAACAGAACAGAGGCACUCAGGAAAAGAAGCCUGGUGGACACACAUCCUAAGAGUAAUGAAUUUUUGAUGCCGGCCCAACUACAUUUAUCACUUUGUUCAGAACAAAACUGCUUAGUAUAACCUGUGUGUGCAUCAGUGACGCACUCUGAUGAAAGAAAACUUAUUUUAUAUGAGCAACUAAAUAACUUUUAAAUCACUGCUUCUGUUGAUUUCGUAGGGUUAGACGGUUGCGCUGUGCGAUUCAUGCGAUUUUGUGUAUAGUUUUACUCAUGACUUAAAAUUUCCAAGUGUGAAACAGAUGAGGAGUGUAAAGGGAGGGUAUUCACCGGUGAGUUGAGUGAGUACUGAAAUGACAACAGGCUUGAUGCCUAUAGACUUUGCUCAGAGGAGUUAAGUCAUGUACAUACUUAGGUACAAAAUAUGUGUGUGCAUGUUUGUGUGAGUAUUUGCGUGCGUGUGUGUCUGCCUUCGUUUGUGCCUGCAAGCUAGAGAAGUGUGAACCGCAGAGGGAGAGGAAGAGGAAAAAAGGAAAGAGUGAGAAAGAGCUUGUUCGCUGCCCCGGGUUCGGUGGAUGUGGUCGAGCUGUUUAUGCGUCUGUACGAUGCCAGCUUAACAACCGUCGGUCAGCGAGGCAAUAACAGCGAACUCAAGAACACGCACAGGAUAUGACAGCUUUCGUAACACACCUUUGGCAGGAUGCGGCCUUUUCUCUCUCUGUGUUUGUUUGACGCCAGUUGACCGAAACAGCCGAGUUCUCCGAAGUCACACUGGCACCAGACCGGCUUUCCUGAUACAGAUAAUUAUAACGCUUUGCCCUGUGGCUCGGUUCAUGUGUGACGCGGUUGUUAAACUGUUAAUGCGGUGCCACCACUUUUUAACAUUUCUUUGGCAGAAUGAGAAACCUCUCAGUACCUGCUUGGCCUUCUGUGACUCCGUGUGUCUGCUCUGGCUUAUUGCUGAAACACUGUUCACCACAGCUCUGAAAGAAAGCCAGCACUCUGAUGAUCCAUAUGAAAAUAGUGCCUUAGAGGUAUACACACAGAAAAUGUAACACUUGUAAUCAUUUGUGCUGUUAAAACUUCCUUCAGUGACAAUGCCUUAAUGUUUUCUUCUUCUAUUUAAAAUAGCCAAUAUAUUUUUUCACAUGUAUCUUGAAUUGAUUGUACUCUGAAGAACAGAAGUUAUAUUGUUGAAUAAAAUAUGAUGGAUAAACAGGGA